GCUUAUCGGAUGCAAAUUGUUUAUUUUAGUUACAUGCAUUGUAGUGGAUGUAACGUUUAGUUGUAACGUUAAUUGUCGAUCUUUUUCAGCCUGCUUAGCAUAUGCUACCGUUAGCUAUCAUUUCCCCAACAUUGUUGUGGCUAACGUUUUGAACUUGUGUGAACCGUUCAGAUGUCCCCUCUCCAAAACCCCCCCACAGAUUAUGCGUCAAAUAUGUCUUUAGUGUCCAGCGUCACUUUCAGAUUAACAUAAUGCUAACGUAGCUGAGGCUAACUAGCAGCCAGCCUCACCGUUAGCUGACCCCGCUGUUUUGUUUAAGCAAGUCCGAUGAUUGCUCAGCGUGUUUCAAUGGCAGGCCUUUGCUUGUCACUGCAAACAGUUAGCAGUGUUUGCAAACAUUUUUAAUAACUACGAGCUAUAAUCUUAUCCAUAAGGAUACUAACGAUACAGGCAAUGGAUCCUGAACGACAGAAGCGAAGAGAAGAGAUUCAGAAAGCAAUGAGUUUUAUCCAGUCCUCGUUACCUUUCCCAGAGCCAGAGAGUUAUGAGGCGUUUCUGACUCAGUUGGUGUGUCACUUGCUGGAUGAGGGCAAUUCUUGCUACCGAGAUGGGGACUGGCGUCAGGCCACCCAGCAGUAUGGGGAGGGUAUCAGUGUCGCCCGCUACGCCCAGGCUGAGGCCCUCGUCAUCCCCCAAGAGCUGCUUGAGAGCCUGUAUGUCAACAGGGCGGCUGCCUACUACCAGACGAGGGAGUAUGAGCGCGGUGUUCAGGACUGUGACAGUGCACUGUGCGUGUCAGAAGGUAGUCGCAGGGCUUUGUACCGCAAAGCGCUCUGUCUGAGGGAGCUGGGACGACUCAGAGAGGCUUACGAGUGUGGAACCAAAUGUCUCCUCACAGCACCACACGACAGGCAGGUGAGCGACCUGGCCCAGGAUCUGGCCAAUAAACUGGGCCUCAAGGGCCGUAAAGCUUACGUCAGCCCUCAGACAGAGUCCACGGCGACAGAAGGGGACAGUCAUGGGGAGACUUCCCCACCUACAGGAGAGCUGUCCUCCAAUGGGCUGGAAUCUCUACGUGACAUUGGACCAGCGGACCUUUCCAGCGCACAGUGCAUCCCUGCGCCUUUGGCCACGCCCAUCCCCGUCAGCGACGACCCCGCGACCUCAGUGGUGACACCAUGCACCGACCUGUCGGAGAGCCCCAGCAGCCAGGCCCUGCCUCCUAUGCCGUACUCUGUCCCUGUGUCGGAACACAUGGACGAAUGCAGCAGCAGCGUCAUCAAGGACGAGCUGGACAGCCUGCUGGAAUGCAUCCCCAAGAAAGUCAGUGAGAAUCCAGUCCAGGGUGCUAUCCCCACCAACCUUCCCAACACAGCAGUGGGUCUGCGGCCUCCUUACUCCCCCAGCCUUCCCGCCCCGUCACCCCAGCUUCCCCCUGCCUUCUUCAGCUCCACCAUCAGUGACAUGCCUCCUCUGGAGCCUUACUCGCCGCUGGUCCAGCGGGACCAGGGCUCCACCCAGGCGCAGGACGCACUGGGAGGAUUCUCCACUGGGGCCACGGAUGGAGAAGGGAAGGCGGGAGUCAUCGCUGGCGGGCUGGACUCCUUGUCUGAGUACACUCUCCCUGGGGGACGAGUGUGUCACAGCUUCAUCCCUGGAAUGCGCAACCACAGUGCCGCACAUGCAAAUGGUCCAGCAGGAACCAACCUGUCUCUGCUCUCCAGGAAUCCUCUAGCAGCCACGCAUGAGUUUCGGCAGGCCUGUCACGCCUGUUACAGCCGAAUAGGACCGCGAGUGAUGGACUACAAAUAUCAGCCAGAGGCAGCUCAUCGAUGCAAGAGGGAUGUCCUGCUCUGUCGCCUCAAAAACAUAGAUGACCCCACCUGGAAGAGGAUCCGGCCCCGGCCCGCACGGAACAACUUCCUGGGGGCGUUUGUACUCUGUAAAGAGGUGCAGGAGCGUCAGGAGUGUCAGUACGGGGAGAACUGUACGUUUGCUUACUGCCAGGAGGAGAUUGACGUGUGGACCCAGGAGAGGAAGGGAGCGCUGAGCCGAGAGCUGCUGUUCGAUCCGCUGGGCAGCACAGAGAGACGGGCGCUUAGCGUCACCAGACUGCUGCAGCUCCACAUGGGCAUGUUCAUGUUCCUCUGUGAGGAAUGUUUUGACAGUAAGCCUCGCAUCAUCAGCAAACGCAGCAAAGAAAACUUAGCAGUCUGUUCAAACCUCACAGCUCGACACCCGUUCGACGAUAACAAGUGCCUGGUGCACGUAGUGAGGUCAGCCAAUGUGCGCUACAGUAAGGUGCGUCCCCUGCACCCCCUCUGCCAGUUUGACGUGUGCCGCCACGAGGUUCGCUACGGCUGCCAGCGCGAGGACAGCUGCUCCUUCGCACACUCCGUCAUAGAGCUGAAAUGCUGGGUCCUGCAGCAGGACACCGGAAUCACUCAUGAAGAGAUGGUGCAGGAGUCCAAGAGACACUGGCAGAGGCUGGAGCAGAACGCACAAAAGCAGCAGAAGCCCAUCCAUAUCUCCCAUCCGAGCAGCAGCGUACCUGCAGGAGGAGUAGGGGGAAUGGGUGGCGGGGGCGGAGGAGGAGGGGGAGAUGGUAUCGGCGGGGGAGGGGUCAGCCCGGUGGGAGGGCUGGGGGUGGGAGGGUUAGGAGCGGGGGUGGGAAGGGGACGCCCCCUCAACCUGAAAAUGAAGUUUGUGUGCGGCCAGUGCUGGAGAGAAGGGCAGGUCAACGAGCCCGACAAGAACCUCAAGUACUGCACCGCCAAAGCACGACACAGCUGGACGAAGGAGCGUCGAGUCUUGUUGGUGAAAUCAUUCGAGAAAAAGAAGUGGGUUGUCGUUCGGCCUCUGCCUUUCUCCCGCACCUAUCCACAGCAAUAUGACAUGUGUGUGCAUGUGAUGAAGCAGAAGAAGUGCCACUAUAUUGGAAACUGCUCAUUCGCCCACAGUCUGGAGGAGAGGGACGUGUGGACGUACAUGAAGAACAACAGCCUGAGAGACAUGCAACAGAUGUACGAACUGUGGCUGCAGCUCACCAAUCAGAGUAGACGCACAGACAGCUCCGUCGUGACCCCGCCCCCGGAGGACAAGCAGGUCACCAUAACAGCAGAUUACACAGAGAGCAUGGGAGGCCGGCGGUUGUCAGACGGGGACGACCUCUGAGUGUUGCUGCGUUGACUAGAGGCAGCGGAUCGGUGCUGAGCUGCAGACAGAGAGACAGGCCUGCCACACCAGCUACAACUCAACAGUCUGUCAUCUUGCCAGUCUGACCUCCUCUAGCAUCUAGCCAGCAGCGUGAGAGCAGAUGACGAACAGUCAAACCCCCCUCCCCCCCUCCCCUCCAUAAUCACACACAGGCAUACAAACACAUUAACACAGCAUAUAAUACACAGAUAAUAGGCACAGAUUAACACGAAGAGAAAAGCUUUGUUAGUGAAAAUACCGGACUUGGCUUCAGCAUUUUGUUUUAUAUCAUCACGCAGUUACACACAGCAUCUUUAGGUUCCCCUCCAGCAGAUCACACUGCAGGAAUUCCACAUACAACUAGUUUUGCUCUGACUAAAAUAAUCAAUUAGCGUUCCCUAGUGCUAUUGAGACUGAGCAUCUGUGUCCACCAGGUACCUCCUUUUCUUUUUCUUUUUCCUUUUUUUUUUUUUUUUUUUUGUUUUUGAAAUCCUUGCAGCACUGAAAUGAUUCUCGGAUGGGCGCGCUGGUCGCGGUUCUUAAAUUUUGCUUGGCAUUAAUUCAAAGCUCGCUCGAAGCAACGGCGCUCUCACGCUUAAAGUUGAUAUUUCAACUUUCAGAGUGCCAAAAAAAAUGCCAAGCUCUCAGUGCUGCUGGUGGCAAUUGAGGCUGAAGGAACUAUGAAUUAUGGUUCACAGAGGCUCUUGGUGGACGCUCCUCAUUAAGCUACAAAAUAACCAAAUCCUAAUCUCCCUCCUGUUGUGGAAAUACAGCGAGAGGGUCAAAAUAAUUUUCUGGAGAUAAUUUUUUUUUUUUUUCUUCAAUGGGAGUUGUGCUUCCUUGUUAUAUUGUCUGCCAUAUUGGUAGAAUGCUAUGAAUGUAACGCCUGCAUGGGCCUUUAAAACGAGGAAAUCGGUCAUUUAAGAACAAUGCUGUGGUUGUGGAAUGUAUGUAAUUAUACUUACAUGCCCAGAACCAAACUUGUGUAACAUUACGGUUUUACCCCGCCCCCCCCCCCCCC